UUUUUAUUGAAUAAAAUGUCAACACAUGGGAGGUUUGUUUCUGAUGAAACCUUCUGUAUAGAGUCUGAUUCAGACCAUUCUGAUACUAAUAGAGAUUAUUUUUCUUCUCAAGAGAAACCUUGGGAGAAAAGACUGUCUCAUACAGAUCUAAUUUCGUUAAAUAAUACUUCUGGAGCCAGUAUUUCUCGGCUUAAUCAAGAGCAAAAUAUUUUGUUAAAAUACUACAACGAGAAAGUGAUUGGGAAAACUCCCAAGCCAGCAAAGGUUAUAAAAUUGAUAGAGCCAGCGAAGCCUAAAGUAAAGAGGACUAAGGUCUACAUAAAACCUUCGAAGAAAUUCACCAGAAUUAUUGAUAACGCAAUUAAUUUGUUAAAGAAAAAGGAGCUGGAGAAACAGCUUUUGGCCCAGAAGAUGCAGAGUAAGAUCGAUGUUCUGAAGGCCAGUCUCACCUGAGACUCUUCUAAAAUUCGUGCUAGGAGUAACAUUGCCAGAAAGAAUGAAACCUGGGAAGAUAUGGAGUUUUGUUCACUAGGAAAUCUCGCAAAGAACCUUCAUUACAAAUCAGAGGAGGACCUUGCAGAGGUUACUACUAUAAAUGCUGGAAUAUUACGUAAUAGGAUCAUUGAGAUUAUCACUGAUGUUCAGAUUCAGGCUGGACAUAAAAGCCCAAAGAUAGUCAUCAACAAAACAAAGGUUCCUAAAGGACUGGCACCUAUCUCUCAUGUUUUUAGAAGUCAGAGACGUAGUAGGGGUAAUGAGCCUAGCCCCUUUAUGACUGCUACUACUUGUCUAUCCCAUUCAGUAUUUUCACAGAAGAAAUCUAGCGUGAGUCGUAGUAGAAGGACCCAUGAAAGCUGGGGUCCAACCUAAAGGUGUAAUUUUAGUUUUAUUUGGUUCAAUCUUUA